AUGUUAGUCACAAAUACGGCUUUUACCUACAUGGUGAACCAUGUUUUCCUGCCCCCCAAGCUCCCUGAAGGAGAUGAUUGGGAAGCCAGCCACAGCAAGGCACUGCAGUCGAAUAUCAUGGCGUGCAUCGAGAAGUUUGUGACCUACGUUACACUUGGCAAUCGUGCGUUGAUGCAAUCUGCUGCUUCAAUGAUUCGACGCAUGACCCAAGCCCAGAACGAGCAUGGUUAUAUACACUGCGAUAAGCUCGAGCAGGUCCUCGACGAGAUCGGUGAAAAGGACCUGUCUAGCGACAUGAUCGAGAUCAUGAGUUUCAAGGUUGCUCGACGUAAACAUAAACUACUUGCUGCUUUCCAGGGUGAAGUGGAAGAACAAGUAAUUUCAUUCGCAGACAAGGCAAUGACUGACGCCGCUCGAGAGUUGAUCAGCCGUCAGCGUCCUUUUGUUGCAAACGAAAGCCCCGACAAUAAGCUACGUCACCUUGAGUCGGUCAAUUUUGUCAAUGACACGGUUUAUAGGUUGAAGAACCUUGACGAAUUUAUUAAGUCCAUAUCAGACCGGACUAUGAGCCUGGAUAAAGCUUCUUUCUGCCCGCCCGCGUAC